AGGGGGAGGAGGGGGAAAGAAGGAAGGAAGGGAGAGCGCGGCCGGGCUGAGUGAGGCGGGGAGGAGGCGGUUGCUUGCGCCCGUGCCGGUGGGAGCCGCGAUGUGAAGCCCCGGCGGGGCAGGCGGAGGCGGCGGCGCACGGGAAUGCUCGUCUGGGACGCAGCGGCGGAAGAAGCUUCAGUAUGAGGCGAGGUGGAUGGAGGAAACGGGCUGGUGAAGGCGAUGGCUGGGGAGGAUGGGGAGGGUACAUGUCAGCAAAGGUCAAGAAACUGGAGGAUCAGUUCCGGUCAGAUUCUGCCAUACAACACCAGAGGGAUGGGAAUUCAUCAAGUAUCUUUAGUGGCGUCGCCAUCUAUGUCAAUGGCUUUACAGAUCCCUCAGCUGAUGAGUUAAGACGGCUUAUGAUGUUGCAUGGAGGUCAAUACCAUGUGUAUUAUUCCAGAUCAAAAACAACGCACAUCAUUGCCACAAAUCUGCCAAAUGCCAAAAUAAAAGAACUGAAAGGAGAAAAAGUAGUUCGACCAGAGUGGAUAAUGGAAAGCAUUAAAGCUGGGCGUCUCCUCUCACACAUUCCAUAUCAGCUUUACACCAAGCAGUCAAGUGUUCAAAAAGGUCUCAAUUUUAAUAGCAUAUGCAAACCUGAAGAUGCCGUGCCAGGUCCAAGCAAUAUAGCUAAAGAUCUCAACAGGGUAAAUCACGUUAAACAGUGUGAGAUGGAAAGUGAGGUCACACCCAAUGGAAUAAGUAGCUGGAAUGAAGAACUGGAAGAAGACAGUGAUGGGUUGGGAUUUGCAGAGCUGGACCAGAUCCUUCCUGGAAGAAAACAAAAUGGGAUUCAAUCUCACAAAGACAGCACUGCCAUUUUUAAUGGACACAUGCCUAACAUUUGUACCAGUGCCUUAAAGACACAGGAUUGCUUGGUGCCCUCCAGCAACAGUGUUGCAAGUAGGUUCUCUCCAGGCUCUGUGCAGGAGGAGGAGAAACCUGAAAAAGGCACCGUUGACUUUAGAGACUGCACAAUGCAGCAGUUGCAACAAAGCAACAAAAAUACAGACUUUUCGUGGAAUCCACAUAGGACUAUGAGUAAUUCAUCCUCAUCUUCAUCUUUGCACAGUAAUACUAAAAUAAAUGGUGCUCACCACUCCACUGUUCAGGGGCCUUCAAGCACAAAAAGCACUUCUGUACCUGCUCCAAGCAAGACAGCUUCCUUAUCCGUGUCCAAACCUUCAGAUUGUAGUUUUAUUUCUGACUUUUAUUCACAUUCAAGAUUACAUCAUAUAUCAACAUGGAAGUGUGAAUUGACUGAGUUUGUCAACAGCCUACAGAGAAAAAACAGCGGUGUCUUUCCAGGAAGGGAAAAAUUAAAAAAAUGGAAAGCAGGCAGGUCUGCACUUAAAACUGACACAGGUAUUGUGUCUGUUGCGAGCUCAGCCAAGCCACAGAGCUGUAUAAUGCACGUGGAUAUGGAUUGCUUCUUUGUGUCUGUGGCGAUCCGAAAUAGACCCGAUCUCAAAGGAAAACCAGUAGCUGUUACUAGCAACAGAGGUGCAGGAAAGGCACCGCUGCGCCCUGGUGCAAAUCCCCAGCUUGAAUGGCAAUAUUACCAGAAUAAGCUAUUGAAUGGCAAAGCAGAAAUUAGAAAACCUGAUAAGCUGGACUCCUCAGUCUGGGAGCAUUCGGAUUCUGCACACAUGAAUGGAGUGGACUGUGAUCUGACUGUUCUGUCCAUGGCUGAAAUUGCUUCUUGUAGUUAUGAAGCCAGACAAGCUGGCAUAAAGAAUGGAAUGUUUUUUGGACAAGCAAAAAAGUUGUGUCCAAACCUUCAAGCAGUUUCGUAUGAUUUUAAUGCAUAUAAAGAAGUUGCGCAGACAGUAUAUGAAAUACUGGCAAGCUAUACUCAUAACAUCGAAGCUGUCAGUUGUGAUGAAGCGCUAGUAGAUAUCACUGAAAUCCUUACAGAGACCAGACUGACUCCUGAUGAACUUGCAAAUGCUAUCCGUGAUGAAAUCAAAGCCCAGACUAAAUGCACUGCUUCUGUUGGGAUGGGUUCCAAUAUUCUGCUGGCCAGAAUGGCAACUCGUAAAGCAAAACCCGACGGACAGUAUCACCUAAAACCUGAAGAAGUAGAUGAUUUUAUCAGGGGUCAGCUUGUUACAAAUCUUCCAGGAGUUGGCAGGUCGAUGGAAUCUAAGCUGGCUUCUUUGGGAAUUAGAACCUGUGGAGAUCUGCAGUGUGCUUCGAUGUCAAAACUACAAAAAGAAUUUGGUCCAAAAACAGGACAAAUGCUGUACAGGUUUUGUCGCGGUUUAGAUGAUCGACCUGUCCGCACAGAAAAAGAAAGAAAGUCUGUUUCAGCAGAAAUCAACUAUGGAAUAAGGUUUACACAGCCUAAGGAAGCAGAAGCCUUCCUUCUGAGUCUUUCAGAAGAAAUCCAACGUAGACUUGAAGCUGCUGGUAUGAAGGGUAAACGAUUGACCCUCAAGAUAAUGGUCAGAAAGGCUGGGGCACCAGUGGAGCCUGCGAAGUAUGGAGGUCAUGGAAUCUGUGAUAACAUUGCCAGGACUGUGACUCUAGACCACGCAACAGACAGUGCAAAAGUAAUUGGAAAAGAAACUCUAAACAUGUUCCACACAAUGAAACUGAACAUAUCUGAUAUGCGAGGGGUUGGAAUUCAGGUACAGCAGCUAGUCCCCAUCAGUAAAACCACUUCAGCUCAAUCAGCAGUGCAGUCGGGACGCUUACCUGGUGGAUCACAUUCAGUUAUUGAUCUUCUUCAUGUUCAGAAAGCAAAAAAAUGCUCAGAAGAAGAACAUAAAGAAGUAUUUGUUGCUGCUAUGGACCUUGAAAUAUCUUCUGAUUCAAGAACUUGCACUGUUCUUCCAUCUCGCGGCACCCAUCUCACAGCUGGUCUCAAUUCUAAUGUUAGCAAGGCUGAUUCUGCUGUCAAACUGAAUGGCUUGCAUUCUCCUAUCAGCGUAAAAUCCAGGCUUAAUUUGAGUAUUGAGGUUCCAUCUGCUUCCCAGCUAGAUAAGUCUGUGUUAGAAGCUCUGCCACCCGAUCUCCGGGAGCAAGUAGAGCAAAUCUACACCAUACAGCAAGGAGAGACCUAUGGAGACAGCAAAAGAGAGCCAAUAAAUGGAUGUAACACUGCACUUCUCUCACAGCCAGUUGGAACAGUGCUUUUACAAGUACCGGAGCUCCAAGAACCAAAUGCCAAUAUGGGAAUCAAUGUAAUAGCCUUGCCAGCUUUCUCACAGGUGGACCCUGAGGUUUUUGCUGCACUGCCUGCUGAGUUGCAAGCAGAGCUGAAAGAUGCAUAUGAUCAAAGGCAAAAGCAACCAGAGCAGCAACCUGCUAACGCUUUUGUAUCAAAGAAUCCUUGCCUACAACUGAAGCAUGCAACAACAAAAAAUAAGAAAAAAAUCAGGAAAAAAAAUCCAGCCAGUCCUGUAAAAAAGAUUCAGAGUCCUCUGAAAAACAAACUCCUGGGUAGCCCUGUGAAAAACAUGCCAGCUACAUCUGGAAGCCCACAGAAGCUAAUGGAUGGUUUCUUGAAACAGGAAGGAGCAGCUGCUCAGCUAGAAGCAGUUCCAUCAACUUCAGAUGCUUCAGACCCAUCAGCUCUGCAGACUGAACAGUGUGGUUCCUUCAGGCCACAGGCACCCAACCUGGCUGGAGCUGUUGAAUUCAAUGAUGUAAAAACGCUGCUGAAAGAAUGGAUAACAACUAUUUCAGAUCCUAUGGAAGAAGACAUUCUGCAGGUUGUGAAGUAUUGUACUGAUCUAAUAGAAGAAAAAGAUCUGGAAAAAUUGGAUCUGGUUGUUAAGUACAUGAAAAGGUUAAUGCAGUCAUCUGUGGAAUCAGUUUGGAAUAUGGCAUUUGACUUCAUUCUUGACAAUGUUCAGCUUGGAUUCAUUUCAUGAAGUCCUACACAUUGGUGCUGCCUCAGCAUACACAGGAGAUUGCUGUAUGUCCAUCUGCUGCACUCUGACUCCACAGAUUUCAGACCGAGGGAAGAAAGAGUAUUACGUGAUUUCUACUUCAUCCUUCAGUAAAAGAAGCCAGCAUUGCUCAGGCAUUCCCAGCACAGGUGGUAGCUGAGGUACAUGUGCUCUCUGAGGCCUGCAUAUUCAGGUGUAGAGUUGUCCUUGAGCUAUGUGCUUAUGAAGGAGAACAAAUAGAGACCCUUAAAGUUACUCAAAAUAAGCCCUGUAUGCCAGAGAGUAAGCCAGAGUGGAGCAAUAAGUCUCUUAUCAGUCCUCUGAAUUGCUUGUACUUGGAGUAGAGCCACGUUCCACUCUUCACAUCCCACCAGUUAACAUGCAUUUCCUCUGUGCAACAACACAGGGUGUGUGAGUAGCAGAAGUCUGUCAAGAAGGGGUCUGUACCUGGGAUCAGGAAAAGGUUCUGACCAGAGCGUGGGCAGGCUCUGGAACAGGCACCCCAGGGCUGUGGUCACUGCCCCCAGCUGCCAGAGUUCAAGUGCUGGGGCACUGCUCUCUGACAUUUGGUCUGAUUUUUUUGGGGGGGUGGUCCUGCACAAAGCCAGGACUUGGACUUGAUGGUCUUUAUGGGUCCCUUCCAACUUGGGAUAUUCUAUGAAAUAACCCCAACAAUUUGUCCCACAUAAGGGGUUUGUAUGCUUACAACUCUGUUGGUAGUGUUUUGGACAAGUUUGCUUUUCUAGAUGUGUAUCAGUCUCAUCUGGUAACAUUUAGCUCAGUAUCUUGAAGGAAGCUGCCUGAAAAGAAAACCCGAAUGCACUUGAAGAAAACCCAAAUUUUUAAUGAAAAAAUCUGGGGGUGGAUGGGUCAAAAUUACCCAUGUGAAUUUGACUGUAGAAUUGAAAGAUGGAAUACAAUUGCUCAAGCUAGACAGGAGCCAGCAGGGCUUUUUGCAGUAGGGGUGGUCCACAACUUCCUGGGCUGCAUGAGGAAGAGUCAGCAGCAGCAGGUUGAGGGAGGGCAAACAGGCAUGGACAGACUGUGAACCUAGUCCAGGUGAUCAAGGGAAUGGAGCAUCUCAUACAAGGCAAGGCUUGGAAAGCUCUGAUAAGGGUGGGGAAUCUCAUCCCUGUAUACAGACACCAAGAGGAGUAAGGAAAACAGUCCCUUCUCCACUCUUAAUUGACAAAGUACAACAAAUUCCUUUUAACACCUCCCCACACAGCCCUGUAACUCAACCCUGGAGAUUGUUCAGAGGGCUUCUGGAGUCCUGAGCAGUAGAGAAGUACUCAAAACCCAACUGGAUGUACAUAAUCACAAGCACUUCUAUUCCAUUUCUCUAUUCUGCUGUUACAGAGAAGAAUGUAUGUGCUGCAGUUCAAGCAAGUAUUUAGCUCGCUGCAUUUCAGGUACACAGCUCUGAUCCUUUGAGUGCUGCUCAAGAUAUACUUGAAGCUUUCAUCUUCAAGAAGAGGAUUACUUUUAACUGAUAUUUUCAUUCUCCCUUACUGAGCCCUGCUUCAAACUCCUAAGUAUUUUAUUCAAGUUUUCUGCUCCCCUUACACCAUUUAAUGAAGGCAUUUUACUAGUUUUGCAACAGCAUCCUGCAAAAAUAGCAACACUGUUUCCCCUUCUGGAUGCGAAGAAACAAAUUAAGAACACAUCAAGACCACAUUAAUUGACAUCCAUGAUCUUAACAUCUUUUAUUAGUGUAGCAUUUGUGAUUGCAUAGUUUGCAAAAGAAAAUUGUAACAACUAAUUAAUUGCAGUCUCCUCUCUGAGACACUGGAACUUGUUCUGUUCUAAGCCACAGCCAUAUGCAGUGAUGCGAGUCUAGCCUCACUCUAACAAGAUGAAAAUGUCCUUUUUCAGGGCAAGAUAAAGUCUAACAAACAAAAAUAAUUUCUUAUUAAGUUCAGGUGGCAAGUUGUUAACUGCUCCUUUGUAAUGGAGCAUAGACAGUCCCCAGCAUCAAAUCCAGGUUUUUUUCCAACUCAAGAAAAGAGAUGUAAGUGACAGAAUAAAGGUGAUCAAACUGCUCACCGCAACUUAAAUUCUUCUAUUUUGAAUCAUUAAAUCAGAUUGUUAUGGAUUUCACUUCAGCUUGCGUUUGCUUCCCAACUCUCACCCCAAGCUGAACAUUAACAGAGUGCCUGAGGAAAGGUAGACUGGGGGAUGGAGAUGGUGGGAUGGCACUGAUUCCUGGUCAUCACAAACACCUUCUGAACCAGACCUGUCCUACCAUGAUACACGGCCGCAGGUCAGCACUUACAU